AAGACAUUCUCGUUUGCCCCGCCGCCUGAAUUCGACAUGUCAAUAGCGGUCCAGGUGGUACCGGUGACAUUCCUGUACGUCGGCAUGCUUUCCAUGACCAACUACUGCCUUCGAUUUGUCGACGUUUCUUUCUAUCAAAUUUUGCGCUCACUUGUGAUCCCGCUGAACAUCCUCUCGAGCUUUGUGAUUCUUGGUUACCUGCCGAGGAUGCGAACUCUGGGCUGCUGCCUUGUAGUGAUGUUGGGUUUCUUCCUUGGAUCCAUCAGCGAGCUGAAUUUCACUUAUGAAGGAUUUUUCACUGGAUGCUUGGCUUCCCUUUUCAUGGCCCUCUACUCCACUUACGUCAAGAAGGUCCUCAACCUUGUGAACGGUUCAACAUGGCGCUUGAUGCACUACACGACGAUCUUGGCGACGAUCAUGACGGCGCCGCUCGUGAUCGUGUCAGGAGAGUAUAGCAACGCGGUCAAGAACGAGCACUUCUACCAGCGCUCUUUCUGGGCCAUCAUGACGGCCUCGGCCUUGUUUGGAUUCCUCAUCAACCUUGCGUACUUUGCCUUGAUCAAGCACGGAUCCCCGUUGACAACUCACAUUUCAAGUUGUGCAAAGAGCGCCUUGCAAGCAGCUCUUGGAAUCGCCUUCUACCGGAACAAAGUCACGGGCGUCAACGUCCUGGGCAUCUUCCUCACUCUCCUAGGAUCUGCCAUGUAC